AUGACCCUGAGUCCAAGAUCAGCAUUUACUGGGGGAGACAACAGCUCAGAAUCAAUGGUACAGCAGUUCCCAUUGUACAUCACGGUAGCAGAGGGUUACGGGAGAUUAGGAAAUCACCUAUUCCAAUAUGCAUCUACGCUUGGAAUCGCCCGAGUACAGAAUAGACAUAUUGUUCAAUCUCCGGAGUUCGAACUGAGAAAGAUCUUUGAUUUAAAGCAUAAGCUCUUGCCAUAUAGGGAUUUUAGAAGUACUAUUUCCAGAUGGCAGCGUAUAAAAGAAGCCCGUUUCGGCUGUUUUCAGCAAAGCCUUAUGACCUUACCCCCUGUAAACAUACAUCUCUUAGGUUAUGUCCAAUCAUACAAAUACUUCGAUUCUAUUCAAGAGGAAAUCCGACGUGAUUUUACCUUCUCAAAAUCCAUCGCCAAAAAAGCAGACGCCAUUUUACGAAAUAUUUAUGCCACUAACAAAGGGUACAUUCUUGUUGGAGUCCACGUUCGACGUGGGGAUUUUUUGCAGGUUCAGUCUAGAGGUUACGUUGUCGCUCCCGCUUCAUAUUAUCAAAAAGCGUUUGAGUGGAUGAAAACGACGGUUUCGGAAAAUAGGACCUUGUUUGUAAUUGUCAGCGAAGACCAACAGUGGUGUCAAAAGAUGUUUCAUGUACAUAAUGUACAAAUUCUACCCAAAGCAGAUCCCGAAGUUCAUCUGGCUGUGUUAGCGAGAUGCAGUCAUGUCAUAAUGUCAGGGGGGACAUUUGGUUGGUGGGGAGGCUGGUUGGCCGGAGGUUAUGUAAUCUAUUUUAACAGAUAUAUGAAUAACAAUACCGAUUAUGGGGGUUAUUUCUGUCCGGUAGACCAUUACCCGCCACACUGGAUUGGGAUAGGUUAUUAA